AUGUCCGGCUACAUUGUUCCUAUGUUUUCGUACUUUGGUGAGAAAGUCAAGAUGCCAAUGCUACAGCCUCACAUAUCGCUGCCUUUGAAUCGUGAAGUUCAAAUUGAUGAAGAACAAAAUCCCCAGAAAUCUUGCCCUUUUACAGACUACUCUGACUACAUGUUCAGUCCUGACCUUUUAACUCCAGAAGUUGUUGGUGAAGUACUGAAUGGUUUCCACGUAAGACCUUUGAAAAUCACUGAUUAUGAUAAUGGAUUCCUAGAAGUUCUCGCCCAAUUGACAACUGUUGGAGAUGUAUCACGUGAGGCUUUUGAAGACCGCUUCAGAAGUAUGAGCUCUACUCGACCAUUAGCUUACUAUGUUGUGGUUGUGGAAAAUGUAAGUUGA